CACUCCUUUCGUCUCGACUAUCAUCCCCCAUCCACCACCACCCCUGCUCUUUAUCUCUCGGACAUGACUGCCAUGUACUGAUACAAGGUAAUCAGUCACUGUCACUUCACCUCGCUCGCAAAACUGCAACGCACACAGGCUUUUCGCCAUGGACUCACCAUUCUCGAGCCCGACGAAGGCCCUGAACCCCCUAUCGCCUGAGCGAAUGAACCAACAGUUCAACCCCAAUUCCCCAUUAACAUCCAACAUCUUCAACCUCAGAGGCUCACACUCGAGGGGUCUCUCAGAUGUUCAGUCCAAAGUCGCCUAUCUCAACGGUCUCUCCUCGCGAGGCAACAGUCCUGCUCAUGCUCCCGCACAACAACAAUCGGCCACCAAUUCGGCAGCUUUGCAACGCGCUAUCCUAGGACGGGAGGAGGCGGAAUCUGCUCUAGCCCACGCAAAUACAGAGCUUGCAGAAGCCCAAUCUCGUGAACGACGCAUCAGUGAACGGCUUGAAUCAUUACUGGAGGAGCUUCAGACCGCAAAGGAGCGCCAGGCUCAUGAGAGGUCGCUGUUCGAGAAGGAGAUUCGAAAAGCCCGAAAAGAAGCCUUCCGGGCCGGGUCAGCUAUUGUCAAGGUGCAGGAAGACCUAAAGCAUGCUAGGACCGAAGGCAAGGCGCUCAAAGAUGAAGUGCAGGCGGAGCGACGGGCGAAGGAGCAGGCUAAGCAGGAGGCGUUCGAGCGAGCCUAUGCUCUUGCCGGCUUGACUGAGGAGAUGGAAGUCCUCAAAGAGCAGUUACGUGUCGCGGAGGCUAAUAUCAGGUCGCGAAGCUUGAAGGCCCAAAGUCUCAAGCUUAGUCAGGAGGGCGUCGGGCGCAUGUCCCUGGCGGAAGGCGAUCUCGCUCUGUUGCUAACCCCUACCCCUCGGAGACCCAAACGAUCGGCCGAAGACUUUGUUAACUCACCUACCAUCAAUGCGACAAAACCAUCGCCUGCGCACGAUACCCCUCCUAAGCGACCGAGACUAUCCGACAUCACUCCCCGACAGGAAGUCAAGGAACCCGCCGUAUCUGAAGCACAGCAGGACAGAGUUGAGGAGCUCGAACGGAUUCUCAAACGCGAGCGUCAGCUCAGAACCGACGCGGAGGAUCUGAUCGAGUUUCUCAGAAUGGAGUGUCAAUUCAAGCGCUGUUCCUGCCGACUGACGGAGACGGAAGAGAUUGGCCACGUGCAUGAAGCAGGAACGGUCGAGGCGGCUGAACAACAGGAGCACGAGCAAGAGAUCCAACAACCCUUCGAAAACGCGAGCGGCCCAUUGAACGACGAAAUUGAAUCGCACACACCCGACGGCGAGCCAGUUGAUUUGGCUGCACAAGAGAAUGCGGAUGAGACAGUUGACGAAGACGAAGAUUUAGAGGAAGCCGAGGAAUUCGAGGAAGAGAAUGUGGAAGAUGCUGAAGACGACGACGAUGAUCCUGCAGAGGAGCCUAUCAUCACCUUUUCGCCUGCCACAGGCACGUUCCACACUAUUCCUUCGCCUGUCCGAGGAUCUCCCCGGAAGCAGCUCCAAGCGAAGGCGAUCCAUUCCCCGUUGCCAGAGGUCGAGGGCGAGAACGAAGCACCAGCAGCCACAGGUAGUCCUCUCUCAAAGUAUGCUACCCAGAGACAUGAGAUGCCAUAUGAUUCCAUUAUGGGCAGCGAAGCCUUCGUUCCAGCAUCUACUCCAGGAACUCACCGGUCAUCCAUGAUUGUUGAUGUCCCGUGGGACCCUGUUCUGCCCGUGACGCACGAUAACAGCGCCUCGCAAGGGCACGACGAUCUCAAGAAAAUCCCAGUACGAGCGGACGAGUCGGCGGCCAAUCGCUUUGCUGAUGUCCCAGGUACCCCAAUCAGCCGGGAAGAAGCCCUGGCUCAGAUACGGGCACGCAGGGGGCGGGCCAACAUGCAACGCUCUAUCAGCGCUGGUGAGAGUGCCCUGCGCUCCGGCGGAAUGGGUGUCACUCCCGUCCGAUCUGCACGGCGCAUCCCCAGUGUCAACAACCCCGAGGUCGGAAGCGAUGGCUCCAUCCGCACCCGCCGAGACAUGAGUGCGCCCAUCCGCAUGUCCUACCACUGAUUGACUCAAAACGUCUUUCGAUCCUGUCCUCCUCCUCCUUCUCCAUAUCCAUCUCCUCCAUCUCCCCACCUGCCCUCCCUCAACACUCCUGGUUAAUGACUCAACAAACUCUCUCUUGAUACCCCGGUACUCGACGUGGAAAUGGCGUUUUAUUUUGAGGAGGGAGUCACAUGAGCUUCUUUUUGUCUUUUUUCAAUCUUGAUGUUCUUCUUGUUCUUGGUACUCAUGGCGCGUCUACAAAAGAUCUUGAUGAAUCCUCCCCGCUGAACGUGUUCUCUUACUUCAAUGUCAUGAAAUUGAACUGUCCCGCCCUUCCUGCAGAAGUACAUUCAUCAAUCAUUGGUAGCUCUUCUCCGACUUUCAUUAACCCCGAUCCUCAGUUCGGGUAUUUCUUUUUGUUUCUGGUAGGGGGAGCGAUUUAUGCGCUGGCGUGCGUGGUCUGGCUCAGCUCUUCUUCUCUUGGAUAGAGUUUUUGUCACUAAGUUUUAUGCCCUUAUU